AUAUUUUAACAUAUUUACGAAGCACCCUGUAUAAUCAAACGUUUGAGUAGCUACUAUAUAAAACCUAUAUGAAGUCGAUCGUAAUCCAGAAAAACAUGGAACAUGUAUUAUUUAUUUUAGUAAAAUUGUUUAAUAGAUAAAAUUAAAUAAAAAACUUUCAACGGGAAAGCAAGCAAUUUGUUUUUUGUAUUUGCUAAUCUAUGAGUUCAAUUUAUUUAAGAUAAACUGACUUACACACUGAAAUACAAAACAAACUGUUUUGUGUGGCUUUUCUGAAUAUUUUUUCUAUAAUCUAUUUUUAGGCAAAUACAGGGUAGGUAAAUCACACAUGGAAUGACCUGUAUCAUCUUAUACGCGUUUGCCAUUUGUGCACAUUGUCUUCUUUAAAUGCAAUGAAGCAGAUGAACCUUAAAAGUCUAAAAGAGUGAUUUAUCUAACUUUAUAAUUCUAUACAGUGCGAUUCUCUAACUUGGAAUAAGUUUUGUAAAUUCUCAGGUUUUGUUUUGGAAUUAUCGUCGAACAUGUCCAUUAAGUAUCUGUUUGAUAUAAGAAUUUUUUUUUAAUGGAUGUUCUAAUUUUGACAUUUUUUUUAACUUGAUGAUAUUGGAAGCGGAACUAAAACUUGUUGAAAAAAACAAUUCAAUUACUUCGGCGAAAAUUAGUCUACACUUCCCAAUCUUCAAAAAUUAGAUUUUCAAAUACUCCCAUAAGGAAUAAUCUAGAGGUGUUAAAUCCGGAGAGUUUGGACGCCAUUCAGGACACAUUGAAAUGAUACUCACUCACUCACUUACAAAGUGAGGAGGAAAACUUUUUCUUCCUGUAGGAAUUCUAAAUAUUCUGCUCCAUUGAGAUUUUUUGAAAAAAAUUGGUCCGGUUAACUUAAAUUUAAUUUAAUACGAUACACUUAACUAACUAAUGUUCCAGUGUAGAAUAUGUGGAUGAAACUAUUCCCAAAAAACCAAGCAGCAAUUUAAAAGCUGUUUUUAUGGUUUGGUGUCCUGAUUAUUGACAUUUGAGAGUUGUAAAUUUGAGAUUAGCCCUUAUAGAAACAGUACCAAAAUUGACUAAAAGUGAAGACAUGGAAAAAAUCAAAUUCCCAGCUGACCUUAGAAAAAUAAGUGUUAUGAAACUCUGGAUCAAAAAGCAAAGUGCAAAUAAAUUUUUAAAUAGUUUGGCCCGAUCACAAAGCUACGUCAGGUGAAUGUGUUGUGCCCUAUAAAUAAACAGAUGUUUGCUAAUAAAUAAAUUCGAACCAAUUGAACUGAAAUACACAUAGGCGCCCUAAUUAAUGAAUAGUCCGAAAUUAAUUAAAUUAAAAAUACACGCAUGAUACAUCGUUAAAAAUAUUAUGCCAAACAAUUUGAUUCCCCCAAUAUAAAUCCAUAGAGCUUGAGCGCUCAACCAGUUGCUGAAAAGUCGCUAGAAUCGAACGAUAUUGACGAAUUUGUGUGAAAAUGUCUGGCAGCCAAUACGUUUGUACAGAUUCCCGGAAUCCUCGAACCAAAUGGCGACCAAAAACCCAAUAUUACAACUAUAAUUAUGGCAUUGGCAUGAACUAUUACCAACCAAUGGUGGACUUUAUUGAGGAAAAAUCGUCUGGACGAAAACUGCCAAACCCCCACCUUCCCUGGACUGAGGAGCUGGGUUUAAGCCAGUUUGACCCAUUACGCGUUCGCAGUUACAGUGAACAAGACCUAACGAAAUUAUCAGCCAAAACGGAGCGAAGUGCCAAAAUUCGACUAGCAGCUGGACGCUCGCAUGCCAGCUCCAGUUUUGUGAUAGCCGAGUCGGCCAGUGCCGCAAGAAUCACCACGAAAAUUCAACAGGAAGAGCGCAAGAAGAACAAGCUUGUGAAGGAAAUCAGAAAACUGAAGAGCAGAAUGGUGGAUGAUAUCGACUACAACCCCGAACGGGAUCGGGAUAUUGAGCGAGAGCUGAUGGCUCAACAGAAGUACUUGAGAGGCAAAUCGGCCAAGUCCAUCGAGGCUCAACUGCUGGCGAAGAGCCGCAAAGCCAUAGCGGAGUGUAUUGAUGAAGACUUGAAAAUCUCUCAAGUGAGCCAGAUGAGGGCUGUAACUACUGGGCGGUGUUUCCGAACGCACGUCAAAGUUAUGGACGAAAGAAUGACUUCGCAGCUGGAAGAAUCCAUCACACAACCUCUGGACACGCUCAGCCAAGAACUGCGGGGAUUUGACCGCAGAGCUACGUAUAAUUACAUUGAUCAAAGGUGACUUACAUAUAACACUUAAGAUUAUUUUGCAAAUGCCAAAAUAAAGGUCUGUUAAUGGAA